AUGCCGACUGGCCUCGGCUGGGACACGUCGACCGAGCCCAAGAACCAGGAGGACAUGGUCGCCCUCGCCAAGCGCCUCAACCCGGUGGUUGGCUUCUGGGACCCGCUCGGCAUCGUCGGCGACGACACUUCGCCGGAGACCAUCGGCUGGUUCCGGCACGCCGAGAUCAAGCACGGCCGCGUGGCGAUGGCGGGCUUCGUCGGCUACUGCGUCCACUCCAACGGCAUCACCUUCCCGUGGAACAUCCAGGCGCCCCUCCCGUGGACCUCGAUCACGUCGGACCUGCCGGCCAUCGCCUUCAAGGACAUCACCGCCGCCGGCUCGCCGGGCGACAUGUGGGACGCCCUCCCGACGGCCGCAAAGCUGCAGAUCAUCCUCGUGGUCGGCUUCCUCGAGAUGCACGGCGAGAACUCGCUCGCGCUCGAGGCGGACGGGCAGAAGCACUACGUGCGCGGCGGCAAGCCGGGCUACUACCCCUCGUUCAAGGGCCGCUACCCGCACCCGGUCCCCCUCGACCUCUGGGACCCCUUCGGCUUCACCAAGAACAUGUCGCCCGAGCGCAAGGAGAAGGCGCUGCUCGCCGAGGUCAACAACGGCCGCCUCGCGAUGAUCGGCAUCUUCGGCUUCAUCUCGGCAUCCAAGGGCCUCAUCGUCCCCGGCCUCGACUCGCUCGGCCUCGCCCGGUACGGCGGCGAGUACAUGGCGCCCUUCACCGCCGCCGACUCGGCCCUGCCCUACGUCGCCGACAUGGUCAAGCAGAUCGGCAACCUCGGGUACGCGCUCUAG